AUGUCAGUGACAGGUUCCAAUUCUGAGCAGCCACAAUUCAUUGCCAGCGCUGGAAAUCGAAGCUUUUCAUCUAAUGCCCCACUGAUUGAGAACUCUGAUGCUCAAAUUGUUGUUCCAGAUAUCAAAGACAAGAUUUUAGCUUGGGUUAUGGCUGAGGUUAUCGACUAUGGUGGGAAGAGAUUUCAAGUUUUCACAAUGUCUAGGACAAAGGUGGAGGUUUCUGGGUUCUUUACAAUGUUCAUAGAAGAUACAAUCUCAAUGGUAUAUAUUUUUAGUUUGCUCAUAAAGAUUGUAUACAGGAAUGGUGUAACAAGAAAGGGAAUACAACCUGUGAAAUAUGUCUUCAUAUGCAAUUUCACCAAUUUUGCUAGAAAUAUCCACUGCCUGAAAUGCAAAGCUGAGGGACCAAAGAAGUCAGGAGGAAGUGAUAUUGAAAUGAAGAAAGGUGAUUGGAAUUAUCCAAAGUGGGUCAAUUUUUCUCAAAAUUACAGAGAAGUGCAAGUAGACGAACAAAAAGUAGGUGGGAGCCUCUACCAGAGGAGAAACUUGUUGAAAAAUCAGCAUCUGUCAAUCAUAGUACUUUAAAAUAUUCUGGAUGGGCACAUGCCAAUGAAAGGGACAAAAAGGUAUUGUUAUUGUAAUUGUGAGUCUGUACAUGUUUCCUGUUUUCUUUUGUUUUAUUAUUUUUCACAGGGCAUUUCUUAAGCAUAAAAUAUAAGUGUUGAUUA